AGUUUAUCUCUGUUUUAUCAGAGACGAGUGGAAGGGGAGAGCCUGUCUCUGCUGCGCUGUGGGCUUUGGCACUUCGCUCGGCAGUGGGAGGGCCCACUCAGGGUGCUGACCUUAAACAAACAGUGGGCAGAACAAGUUGAGUGAAGUUUGUGACAGUGGUUCAGAGAGUGUCGCAGCUCGGAGUCUCGGCUAGCGGUGCAGCUGUUGCUCGGAUGAGGAAGAUGGCGCGGCGCUGCGGCCGUGCCACGUCUCGGUUUGGUGAAGAACACGAGAUUUCUGUCAGCAUGACAGCGACUGCAGCCUUUUUCUUCUGCUUGUGUCUCGCUUUUCCGCCUGCCGCCGAGGCCGGACUGUACACGGCUUCCGACCAGAUCGUGCUCUUGUCAGAGCAGAAUGUGGGCUCGGUUCUGGUUAACUCCUCCGCUGCUAUGGUCGUGGAGUUUUACGCUUCAUGGUGCGGACACUGCAUCUCAUUUUCUCCCACUUAUAAAAAGCUGGCCAGAGACAUCAAAGAGUGGAAACCAGCAGUGAACAUGGCUGCUGUAGACUGUGCUGCUGACGAAAAUGUAAAAAUUUGCACGAAGUACAAAAUCAGAGGAUAUCCCACCUUAAAGUUCUUCCAUGCCAACUCAUCUGCAAAUUCAUUAGGGAAGCCCUACAGAGGUUUAUCCCGUGAUGUUCAAGAACUCCGCCACAUGAUCAUAGACAGUCUGGAGUCUCCUGGUGAUCCCUGGCCCCCCGCCUGCCCUCCGCUGGAGCCCACCAGUGAAGCAGAGAUCAACAACUUCUUUGAAACCAACACGGUUCAACACCUGGCCUUAAUCUUUGAAAAGGAAAAAUCCUACAUCGGCAGAGAAGUGACCCUUGACCUGCUGCAGUUUGAGAACAUUACUGUGAGGAGGGUUCUGAACACGGAGGGACGUCUGGUGUCCAAACUGGGAGUGACAGAGUUUCCCUCCUGCUACCUCUACUAUCCAGAUGGGAGGUUCGAGAGACUCGUAGUCAAGUUUGAAGUUCGCACCUUCUACUUCUACGCCCUCCAGAGGCUGCCGGGUGUGGUGCGCUCAGGGAAACCUCCACCCGUCUUCAUAGAACUCCUUAAGAACCGCACAGAAGAGCCCUGGAGAGACUUCAACAGUUCCCGGGUGUACAUGGCAGACCUGGAGUCAGCGCUGCAUCAUUCGCUGCGUGUGGAGCUGGCUCUCCAAAGUGUCAUCAAAGGAAAUGCUCUGACUGCUCUGAAAGCUUACAUCUCUGUCCUGGCAAAGUACUUCCCCGGCCGUCCUGUGGUGAUGAACUUGUUAAAGUCUCUGAACUCUUGGCUACAGAACCAGAAUGAAGGUCCCAUUUCCUACGAAGCUUUUAGAGAGCGAGUGGAUAACACAGCACAGGUUCCAGACGCUGCGUUGCCUGAGGGAGUGAGGUGGGUGGGCUGCCAGGGUUCACAACCCCACUUCAGACGUUAUCCUUGUGGGGUCUGGACCCUCUUCCACGUUCUCACUGUCCAGGCCAACAACGCUGGAGGCUCAGAUCCAAAGGAGGUGCUAAAUGCAAUGAGAAACUACAUCCACAACUUCUUUGGCUGCAGAUAUUGUGCAGACCACUUUGAGAACAUGGCGAGGGAGGGUCUGGAGGAAGUGACUACGCUGCCAUCAGCAGUCCUGUGGUUGUGGUAUCGUCACAAUCGAGUCAAUAACAGAAUUGCAGGUGAUUUGAGUGAAGACCCUUACUUCCCAAAGAUCCAGUGGCCGUCCCCGGAAAUGUGUCCGUCCUGCCACACGGUGAAGUACAACGGCGAGCACACCUGGAACAAGGCGCAGGUUAUUCCCUUCCUCGGGUCCUACUUCUCCUCCAGCCACAUCCUAACAGAUUAUCUUGAGAAUGAAGACAAGAUUUUGGAAAAGCAAAGGGCAAAACAUUCCCAUCAGCUGCAAGAGUCACUGGUUCAAAGACAUGCAGACAGAAUAGUUAGGGAAGCCUCAAACCCCAUUACAUCUCCGCCGCCAUCAUCUGUGCAAGAAGGGGAGGAAGACGAGGGACCUCAAGAGGAAGAAGAAGAAGAGGGACCACAGGAUGAAACGGAGGCUUAUGAGGAGAACAACGAAGGCGGGGAGGAAAAUCCAGCUCCUGCAGCUAGCGACCGCGGCCACCAGCAGGCUCACCGGAUACCGAGCAUCAUCGGGAUGAGGCUUCGUCCGCGGAGGGAAGACAUCGUGGAUCUCGACUCGUUUGUGAACCAGCAUUUUAAGGCCAAGGCUCUGCAAAUGGCUGCUUCCAGCCUGGUUAAGCAACGCACCCUGCAAACAAAGGUAGAGCAGGAGCCCCGCCCAGCGUUCGGCCUCGGCAUCGAGCUGGACGCAGGACUCGGCAUGGUGGGCCUGCAGCCAGUGGAUGAAUUCAAUGAGAUGAAUUCAAUUCACCAAGGAAAGGGGCUGAAAAAGCGAGAACUGGCAGGGCAAUAUUUCAGGAGGGAGGUUGAGUUGAACCAUAGAGGCCACUGGAUGUCUGUGAUUAGCGUCGGUUUCUCAAAUCUAGACAUUAGCUUGUGUGUCAUUCUUUAUGCCCUUUCUUUCACAUGUCUUCUAGCCAUGUGCGUUUUCUUUAGAAACCGCCUCAGGAGACGAAGGUUUAAAUUCGCUAUGCCUUGAACUAAACAUGUAAAAUUUCACCUGAGCAUCUCACUUUCACUGGGUUAAAAGGGAAUUUGUCAAGCUGUGGGAACAUGACUUUUAUUUUUAAAACUUUGUCAGUGUGGAUGUCUUGGGUUAGUGGUGAAUUGCUUUAAUUAAAAGAAAAUCAAGAUGGUACUUCGAGUAUCUUCCAGAUUCAUUCCAGAGAGAUGGUUAGUGGUGUAAAAUUUGCGCAGAUACAGUAAAUGUAUACUUCCAUACGUUCCUGUUUGGGGCGUUGAAACUCCUUCAGAGAUAACUUGUUUUUGUCCUUUUUUCCUCCACUAGUCGAGAAAAAUCAGAUCCACUUUUUUUUGUUUUUUAGCUAAAAUUUUCUCCCCUCUUUUCAUGCCUUUUAGUUGUGUUACAUCUUUAUAAUGCUUCUAUAACCCCUUUAAGAUUACUUAUAAACAUGGUUUCUAUCAGUCAUGCGAAUAGUAAACUGUCUUGAACAUUAGCCACCUUAAACCUAUUUAUCUUUCAAAGUGUUUAUUUAAAAUUAAUUGUUUUAAGGCAGCCUUCUCAAUGCUUAAUUUGGUUUGUGUCGUCUCAUACUGUAAGAGGACCAGUCAGUCUUUGAGCUGAGGAGAUCAGUCCGGUACGUCUCUCUGCUUUUCAAUGAUAUUUAUCAGAUGUCUUGGAAUAAAAGAUUACAUUUCCUAGUCCACAUGGUGGGAUAAACUGGUUGCUGUUGUGCUGUGGAAUGAUAAAAGUUCACACUGGAAAAUGUUUCAGAAAAGGCUUGAUUUGUUAGUCAUCUCACAUAAAAUUUAUAUUUGCCACUCUGAAUCAAUAAAAUUAUUUUUGAUAUGUU